CUAAACUUUGUUUCUCUCUCACUGUGUUGCUUGCAGAUAAACAGUCGGGCCGGUUAUGGACAAAGUGGACAAUCCCAUGGAAGAGCUCCAGAAGGCCGCCAUUUGCUCCAUCUGCCUGGAAUAUUUCAAAGACCCAGUCUCCAUACAGUGUGGGCACAACUUCUGCUUGCGCUGCAUCACAGAAUGCUGUGAGAAGGCCAAGAGACGGUUCUGCUGCCCUCACUGUCGAAGGCAAGCCUGCAAGAGGGAUUUCAGGCCCAACAGGGAACUAGCCAAUGUGGCCGAAGUAGCCAAGCGGUACAAGAUGCAAGCAGAAGAGGCGGCUGGAGAGAAAGCAGUGUGUGAGAGACACCGGGAGCCCCUCAAGCUCUUCUGCGAAGAUGACCAAGCCCUCAUCUGCGUCGUGUGCGAUAGAUCCAAGGACCACAGGGCCCACACCGUGCUUCCCAUAGAAGAGGCUGUCCAGGACUACAAGGAACAAAUCCAGAACCAGUCACUAAGUCUUAAGCAAGAAAGAGAGAGGCUGCAGGAACUUAAACAGGACACUGAGAGGAUGACUGGGGAGGUACUGGAGACGUUAAAUGCUGAAUGGAGGAAGGUGACCUCUGAAUCUGAGUUGUUACAUCAGCUUCUUGAAGAAAAAGAACAGGCUCUUCUGGACCAGCUGAAUGAGUUGAAGCUGGAAAUAAAGAAAGAGCAGAAGGAAAAUGACACUAAUUAUUCUGAGAAGAUGUCUCUUCUUGUGGACUUGGUCAGUGAGAUGGAGGAGAAGUGCAAACAGCCGGAUAGUGAAUUCUUACAGAGGUAGGAGUCAUACAACUGUCCAGAAGUUGCUGAAUUGCAACUCCUAGAAUUCCUUAUCCUCGUCUGUAUUCGCUAGGGCUGAUGAGAGCUGCAGUCCAACAAUAUCUGGAGGGCUGUACAAAUCCCAUCCCAUUUUAUGUGGUAAACUGCAGAUGCUAUUUAUCGACUAUGAAAAAGGUAUUACUUUGUCCUGAACCUAUUUCAAAAUGGUGCCUUUAAAUGACUUCUGAGAUCUAGUUGUUGUUCCUGUUGUUCUUCAAGUUGUUUCUGACUUAGAAUGACCCUAAAGCAACUCUAUCAAGGAAUUUUCUCGGCAGAAAAAAAAAAGGAUUAUCAGCAGGGGUCCAUUCAUGCUACACAGCUAUACCACUAUGAUUCCAUUUUAACUGCCUUGGCUGUAUCUCUGCCAGAGAUCUCUGGUGACUUAACAGACUACAAUCCCUGGGAUUCCAUAGCAUGGAACCUUGGCAGUUAAAGUGGAAUCAGAACCCUAUAAUUAUGUAGUGUGAACCUGCAGAUUGGUGCACAGCCAAUUGUUGUUCAACACAGAGUAUUAGAGAUGGAUAAAAUUUCACAGGCCACUGCAGGAGUCCACAGCUAAAGCAUCCCUGAGAGGCAGCCAUUCAACCACAGUAUAAAAUCCCCCGACAAAGGUUGUGCCCGUGGCGGCUGAGAUAGUGACACCUUUGCUUUCUGAUGGUUCAGUGUAAACAAAGUUUAUUUCAGUAACAACAUUAUUAAAAAUAUUAUGUCUAAAAU